GUUUUGAUAUCAGUUUAGUAUAAAUUUAUUGUUUUCAGAUUUAGAAUGGGAGAUGACAAUGAUGAUAUUAUUCGGAUAUUAGUCAGUAGUGAUAUACACCUUGGGUUUGGUGAGAAGCUACCAAUCAGAGGAGACGAUAGCUUCGUCGCCUUUGACGAACUUCUGGGUAUUGGCCGGGAGCAGGGCGUCGAUGUCUGUAUACUAGGAGGAGACCUGUUUCAUGAUAAUAAACCUUCUCGGUUAGCUCAGAUCAAGUGCAUCUCAAUACUGGGAAAGCAUGUGAUGGGUGAUGCCCCGGUGAUGCUUCAAUACCUAUCUGAGCCCUCGGUUGAUUUCUCACAUUGUCAAACUAAAUCUGUCAACUAUGAGGACCCCAACCUGAAUGUUGCUCUUCCUAUAUUCUCUAUCCAUGGUAACCAUGAUGACCCUAGUGGUCUAGGAGGUCAAUCCUGCUUAGAUCUACUCCAUGAGAGCAGGCACAUCAACUACUUCGGCAAGGUGGACAGCUUGAAGCAGAUAACUGUGAACCCUAUCCUAUUGAAGAAGGGAAACGUCUGGUUGGCUCUUUACGGGUUGUCAAGUGUCAAGGAUGAGAGACUUCAUCGCCUUCUUAGAGAGGACAAGGUAGUGUUUGAAGCACCCGAUGAUAAGGACAAAUGGUUCUAUAUUCUGGUCAUACAUCAGAACAGGGCAAAACGAGGCCCAACAAAUUAUAUUCCUGAAUCCUUUCUGCCAGACUUCUUUCAUCUAGUCAUCUGGGGACAUGAACAUGAUUGCAGGAAGAUAAAUUCGUCAUUUUCUAUCUUAAAUAUUUUCUUUUUUUUACCAGGUGAAUCCCUGCCUAAGAAGGUUGCUAUACUAGAAAUCAACUCUGAUAAUAAGUUUAGGAUUGAUCCUAUUCAACUUCGCUCAGUUAGGCCGAUGAUGUUUAAGAGUAUGAAUAUAACAGAUCUCAAGAAAGUUGACUUUGAUGAGAAGGAUGACAAGAAGCUGCAAAAGAUGAUUGAAGUGCAGCUGAACCAUGAGGUGGAGCAGCUUAUACUAGACUCAGAGAAGCAGCUUACAGGACAUCCUAAACAGGGUAAACUUCCCUUGAUAAGAUUAAGAGUUGAGUUUACGGAUGAACGUCAGCAGUUAAAUACAAUCAGGUUUGGGAACGGUUUUAUAGACCGGGUAGCAAACCCAGGCGAUAUUCUUCUCUUUAAGAGACGCGCUGCGGAUAGAGUUAUCAAGGAUGGAGAUGAAGGGCCAGAUGUAUUGCUAGGAUUGGAUACUGGAAAGUCUAUGGAAGAUUACAUCAAACUCUAUUUUAAAGAGAAAGACAGCGACAAGAUGAGUAUACUGUCUGUUACAGGGUUAACAGCUGCUGUAGAGAAUUACAUUCAGAAGUCUGACUCUGAAGCUGUUGAAUAUAACGUAAAAAAGCAGCUCGCCAGAAGACAGGCGAGGUUGAAGGAUACGGAGACGAUGAAUGACCUGGAGGAAGAGAGGGAUAUCUCCGCUGCUAUAGAGGAACUACAGUCCAGGCUAGACGAGGAGAAGGAGGGGGAGCUGGCCAAACAGGAGUUCGAGGACGCGUCCAGGAAGGUUACUAAAGCUCCUGAACGGAAUGAGGAGGAGAAGGAGGAUAGCUUUAAUGUAUCCUCGGAUGAUAUGGAGGAGACCGUCCCUAGCAAGGCGGUGGCUAAGGGAGGACCGGGAAGUAGAGGAGGUCGAGGGAGUAGAGGGGGUAGAGGGACCAGAGGAGGAGGAAGAGGAAAGGAAGGACCUGUUGCUACUGGAAGAGGAAGAGGAAAAACAGAGGCAAGGGGUGGAAUGAAACAAACCACUUUAUCCUUCGGUAGCUCACAGUCUCAGUAUUCUAAACAACCUGCAGCACAGACUCAAGAGACAAAGAAACCUGAACCAAGGUCUUCAAGGGGAAACCGGAAGCAGAUGCUUGAAGACAGUGACUCUGAUCUGGAAUAAACACAAUGUACACUUUAUCAUAUACCGUACGGCGUACACCGUGUACAUAUUCUCUUAUGUACCAUUUCCUGAAAAUCUGUGAUUAUUUUGACCAAGCCAGUUUUAAGAAGUACAAACGAAAAUUCAUAUUCAUACCUCAAAUACUUAAAUGUAUUAGCACAGAAUAAAUGAUAUUUUUUUA